AUGUCAGACGUUCAAUCCUUGUUGCAAUUGCCUUCAGAAAUAUUAGUUCAUAUCUUCAGUCAUCUAGAUGAACAGGAUUUCCUAGUGUUGAAACAGAUUUCGCAGAAGUUUGCAGAUAUUAUAGAUGAUGAGGAAUUAUGGAAAAAUCUACUUCUGAGAAGAAUUCAUACCAAAUACUUUCCCUCCUAUUCACGUUCAAAUAAAUAUAGCAUAGAAUAUGUUGAAAGGAAUAGCGCCCUCAAAAAGUGGCGAAAUAAGCGAGCUAUCCAGACGAAGUAUACGAUUUCUUAUGACCAGAGGCAGGUUCCUCCCGGCAGUUUGGUAAAUAGUGGAGAACAGAGAGUUAUUUUUGAAUACCCUAGGUGUGCCUGUUAUAGUGAGGGAGUCGUUACAUUCUUGCAGUUGCAGGCCAAAAGACGUAAGGAUAGACUGAGCCAUGUUCAAUGCCCUACUCCCUCUGGCUGUUCUGUGAUGCAUUUUAAUAUUAAUGCUGUUGUUUUUGGCAGGUAUGAUGGCAAGGUAUUCGGUAAGCUUCUCACAAACAAGACUUAUUUGUCUCCUGUAUUGGAAUUUGAUUCUAGACAUGAAAGCGCAGUUACUGCGAUUGCAACAGCCGCUUUUGAAGGUUCCUCCGAUGAUUGGGUUGUAAGUGGUUCUGAUGAAGGAGAACUUAUCUGGUGGUGUAACACUAAGAUGUACUCGAGGUUAAGAUUUUCGAACAGAAAGAUUCUUCAUAUUUUUAUCCACAAGAAAACAACCGUCGCGAUAGAUAAAACACAUAUUCAUGUGGUUGAAAAUAUGCAUGAGCCAUACUCGAUAGAACUGGAGGAUAUAUUAGGGAUAUCUUUCGAUGACAUUAGAUCUCAAAAAGUGGACUUUGGUGCUCGUUUGCUUUUAUUAGCCGGUAUUCAAGACAUAUACGUUGUUUCUAUCGACCCACAUAAGGACAUCGGUUCGGUUCGCAACAUUAAAUUGGAGCACAGUAUUGAAGAAAUUGUACUUGAUGAUGCCACCUCGCGUAAGGAGCAGAAUCCGUCAAACAUCGCAGGUGGAGAUGGAUGUUAUGCUGCUGUCCUGACUAGUGAUAAUUCUGUUAUGGUGUUAAACAUUCGUUCACCUGGUUUAGGACUUAAUCCUCAAAUCAAGUUGUCGUUCCACGAAAGAUUACAUAUUUGCCAUAUAAGCAAUUUAAUCUUAGCAUGUGCAUUUUCAGGAAUGGUUGCUUUAUAUGAUGCAUCAACUGGUACAGAAAUUCGUGUUAUAAAACGUACCGAUAAAUAUCCGGAAUUUUUGAAUAUAGCUGAUGGUCAGUUGUUAAUACAAAGUGGACAUAUGUUGAAUUACUACCAGUACGUAUCUUCUGAAACACUUCAUAGGAAAACUUCUAGUCGUCGCAGUGACAAAAGCAAUAAAUGGAAUGAACAGCUCAAAGCCCAGCUAAGUAUCUACGAUGAGGAGGAACGUUUGAAAAGAGAAAAAUUAGAUGCCGAAGAAAGAUUAAGAAGAAAUUUUGUAGGUGAUGUUGAAGAUGAAGAACUGCAGCUUAAAAUUGCCCUUCUUGAAUCAGAAUCUACAGAACUUCAUCAUCAGGAUACGUUUGAUGAAGAACUUCAGCAAGCUCUUGAGGAAUCUAGAAAAUUACACGCAGUUUCGAAUAUUAAUAUAGGCGCUGAAGAGGAAGAUGAGGAACUAGUCAGAAUAUUAGAGCAAUCUAGGCUAGAGACCGACGCAACUUUAAAAAAUCCACUAUCGGAGUCUACAAAUAAUUCAACUCAAACUUCGUCUAGUUCUGACUGA